AUGACGCCUCCUACAAGACCCUCGAUCACCCUUCCCCAAGGCCAAGUACGAGGAGUCCGGAUUGACCAACCACUCCCCCAGCCCAUCGACGCCUUCCUAGGAGUUCCUUACGGCCUACUACCGACCGGUGACAGACGAUUCAGGCCCCCGGUCAAGGUACCUGACUCAAAACACAUCAUAGAAGCCUCUCAGUACGGUUAUGCGACCCCGGGAAAGGCAUUGCUCUCUGGAGGACUUGAUCUGGAACAAAGCGAGGACUGGUUGACUGUCAAUGUCUUCAGACCUGCUGGAAUAGAAGGUAAGGUACCGGUGGCAAUAUAUUUGCACGGUGGUGCUUUCAAUCGAGGCGCAGCUGCUAUGCACGAUACCGCUUCUAUGGUUGGAUGGUCUGAAGCACCGUUCGUCGCCGUGAGCUUUGGAUAUCGUAUCGGGGCUCUUGGAUUUCUACCUUCCAGUGUGAGCAAAGAAGAAGGUAUCCUCAAUUUGGGGCUACGGGAUCAAGUCCAUCUGUUUGAAUGGGUUCGGGAAAAUAUCCAGCGAUUCGGGGGCGAUCCUGGAAAUGUGACUUUGAUUGGUCACUCCGCAGGAGCACACUCAGUAAGCGUCUUCGUAGAUGCGUCCAAUGCAAAAGUCCACGAAGAACAGUUUCAGGAUUUUCUACGAGAGGUUGGCUGUCCCGAUAAUAUAUCGAACUCCGAAAUCUUCCCAUUUCUACGUUCACUUCCUGGUGCAACCGUGAUCAAGGCCCAGACUGCCGUGUUUGAUAAAUACAAUCCCUCACUCCGAUGGCCCUUUCAGCCCGUCAUUGAUGGAGAUAUCAUAUCUCGAAAGCCGCUCGAAGCUUGGAAGUCUAAGCUUUGGUAUAAGAUCCCUAUUAUGACUGGUUUCAACAACAAUGAAGGAAGUCUAUACGUUGAUAAGAAGAUGUCCCAAAGCUCACAAUUCCGGGCAUUUUGGCGCACCUUCCUCCCUGAGCUCUCACCUUCGGACCUCGAUACGAUUGAAAGGCUGUACCCAGAUCCGAAUAUCGACUAUACAUCGCCAUAUACAGAGACCAAGGAAGGACUUGGGUCCCAAUACAGUCGCAUUGAAGCCGCAUAUGGCCACUACGUAUACGUAGCCCCAGUCCGCCAAACAGCACACUUUGCUUCUUCCCAGGGGUCGCCCGUUUACUUAUACCACUGGGCAUUUCCCCGAACCACUCUUGGCGCCAGUCAUGCCGAUAACAUGUACUAUGAGACCUAUAAUAAAAGCAUCACCGACAUCUCGGAAUUCCAGAGGGAGCUCUCCGGCACUCUUCAUGCAUAUCUCACCAGUUUCAUUACCACGGGGGAUCCGAAUGCUUUACGGCACAGAUAUCCUCACAGGCCACCGUGGACUCCUUUCAAGCCAGACAAGGCAAAGGCAAUGAUAUUUGGGGAUGGAAAUGAUGAAUCAAUAGGGGAUACCAUGGGCCCUAUUGCUAGAUUUGUAGAAGAUGACUGGGCACGGGCAGAAACAGAGUUCUGGUGGUCAAAGACUGAUAUUUCGCAAUUGACAUGA